CAACUUUCAUGCUACUUUUGUUAUUGCCUGCGGUGUUUAUAAAAGCUUGACUGAUACCAGUCGUGAUAGCCUUGCGCUAAGAUCUUCACAAUGUCGCGCCCCGAAGAUAUUUUACCCCCGGACCUCUUUUACGACGACAAUGAGUCGCGAAAAUAUACCACUUCAUCACGAAUCCGUAACAUUCAGUCAGACAUGACGCACAGGGCUCUCGAACUCCUUGACCUCAAGGCGCCGUCUUUAAUCCUCGAUGUUGGUUGUGGCUCUGGCCUGUCUGGUGAAAUACUCUCUCAAGAACCACGUGAGCAAGGAGGUCCGCACACCUGGAUUGGAAUGGAUAUUUCACCUAGCAUGCUUGAUAUAGCACUACAGCGAGGAGUGGAGGGGGAUUUGUUCCUUGCGGAUAUUGGACAGGGUGUACCGUUCCGACCCGGAACGUUCGACGCGGCAAUUAGCAUCAGUGCCAUCCAGUGGUUAUGCAAUGCGGAAACAAGCGAUGUUAGCCCGGAAGGUCGCCUUCGGAGAUUUUUCGAAGGCCUUUUUGCUAGUCUUCGACGAGGUGGGCGUGCUGUUUGUCAGUUUUACCCCAAAAAUGAUGCCCAACGCACAAUGAUCAGCGGCGCCGCCAUCAAGGCCGGGUUUGGGGCUGGUAUCUUGGAGGAUGAUCCUGGUACAAAAAAUAGCAAGUUAUACCUUGUUCUCACAGUCGGUGGUGGAGGUUUGCAGGGUGAUAUUACUGGUGUUGUGGAUGGGAUGAAUGACGUCGAUAUCAUGGACGCGAGGAGAAAGGCUCAGGAACACGGGAAAGCUACUAUCUCCAGGAAGGGCGACAAGGCUUGGAUCUUGCGGAAAAAAGAGCAAAUGGCUAAAAAGGGCAAGGUUGUCAAGGCAAAUUCAAAGUAUACUGGCCGCAAAAGGCGUCCAGCCUUUUGAUUACAUUCGGCUGGCACUGUUAUGAAGACUUCCCGUUACUCGACAAGCUGCCCUAACAGUAGCAAGAAAGCCCCAGGUCAAGCUCUACGAUCAAUGUCUUGCGAACCCUUUCCAACCGGAUUUGGACACGAAAUCAACCCCGGUAUAUGGUAUAUGACUGCUCUCCAAUGCGUUGCGUCAGAGCUUCAUACAAGUCCGGGAACCACGUCGCCUUCACUCCAGGGGAUUUUGCCGAUUAGGUCGUCUGUAGGUCGCGUACACUCCAGGAUGGAGGCUAGAAAGGGACGAAAGUAUGUCAAGUCAAGCAUUUGGUAUAGCGGGGUGUGAAAACAAAUCCGCGCUUGCUGUCUUGAAAGAACCAAUUGAUCCUCGGACUCUUCUCUUAGUG